UGCAAUUGCAUCACAAUCAUUGUUCGAUUAGGUAUUUAAGAGUUUGUACGGGCUAUUUUGUUUAGUAGCGUAGGACGUUGAUGUUAAUUGUGUAUUAAGCAAUAUAUCUUCAAACUGUGUUUGAGUAACUGUAACUACGAGAAUGAAAAUAUUUGGAAUAAUCUUUUUGUUCUUGCUUUCAGUCACAUCUACGAAAGCUCAGGAAACUAUAGCUACCGAUAUUAAUAUAGAUGCUGCUAAUGAAACAACAAAUGCUUCUUCUUCGCAACCAUCACCUGUAACUGUCACUCCAUCUAGUAGUACCAUAGUCAAUCCUACAACACUUACUAAAAUUACCAGUGAGUCUUCUACUCAACCAUCAACUGUUCUGCACAAGUGGUUGGUGGAAGAUGGAAAUAAAACUUGUAUUAUCAUGACCAUGAAUGCCACUUUUAGCAUCAAGUACAAUAAGACAGGUAACAAAGUUGGAACUGGCAAGAUAAAUGUGCCUCAAACAGCAACAGUUGACCAGAGUCGGAGUACAUGCGGCUUAAAUAAUCGCACUCAGGUUAUUAGGCUGGUAUUUAACACAAGUUCCUUGAUGAUGAUAUUUACCAAAAGUAAUACAAACAUCUCGGUGACUGAGAUACAGUUGAACUAUACUAUGGAUAAUUCUACUUUUCCUAAUGCUAUUGAAAUAGGUAAGAACAGUAGUGUUUUGGUCAAAGGAUGGUUUUUUGCAGUAGAUCUAGACAAGCACUAUCGUUGUAAGAUAGCUGCCGACAUCAAUUUUAAUGCUAAUGUGACCAUGGAAGUAUCCAAUGUUGAGAUUGAAGCAUUCAGGACAGAUAACAGCACUGAUUUCAAAAACACUGUGUGGGAAUGUGCAGCUGAUGAUAAAGUCAGUGAUAUUGUCCCUAUUGCUGUUGGCUGUGCUCUGGCUGGACUAGUUAUUAUUGUUCUCAUUGCCUACUUGGUUGGACGUCGCCGCAGCCGUAAGAAGGAAUACCAGUCUAUGUAAACAACGUGUAAUAGAUUUUUACUUUGCAACUGUAUCUCCAGGAAUAUACAUUUGAAAAUAUACUUUUAUUAUUACCCAAAUAUGUUUAAUUCAAAAAUCCAACCUAAUUUGUUAUGGUAAGUGUUUUGACUCCAUUUCCUACACAUUCACUUUACAUGUUCAACAUGAAUGUUUUGAUAUUUUUAUUUAAACAUUUUUAGCAUAACUUUUUAGUGUAUCUUUCAAAUAUGUAUCCUUAAUUGAGGGUGAAUUGGAUAUUUUUAAUCGGUAAUUAAACAUAUCAACUCCAUAACUUUUCUAUUAAUCAUAAUUAUGUAUCUUAAAAAAUAGUGUUUUAUUCCUAACAUGAUCAACUUGCUGUAUUCAAUCUGAUGUAUCCUUAAGUUCCUGACAGUUGGAGUUUAAUAUAACUGUGAUAGAAUAGUAUGAAUUUUUUUUUUUUACUACAAUAAAGUCUUGACCCUAUACAUAUAUAAAAGUUGCAUGUACAUAUUGGUUUGUUGUAUAUUUUUUUAUCUCAUAACUUUUGUUAUCUUUGAAAGAAAUUAAAAAAAAAAAACUUUCAUGGAUUGACCACGUAAAGUAAUUGUGUAUUUAAUUCUUUUGGACAAACCAUGGAUUUCAGUGUAGUUAUUUAUAUAGUAUUUGAGAGUUAAAACAGCAUUGAUUGGCAAGCAAAGUUUUUAAUAUUGAAUUAAUAAAGUUAUUACUAACAGUAACAUGAUUGGAUAUGUUUUUUUGCUUGACUAAGCAAGGCCUCUUGGCUCUACGUGAAUAUCUAAUACAUUGCUCUGAUGUACUGCUCAUUUAAAUCUUCCUGUUACUGUGUAAGUACAUGCUACAGUGUUGUUGAAGAUUAAUAGAAUGGUUGCACUGAAACAAAUUAUUUGUGCAUGCUAAACGUUAAAGGGUUGAAGUAAGUAGUUUAAGUUUGCGAGACUCUUCAAAACUGCAUCCAUGAACUAUAUAGUCUAAUAGUAAGUAUUCUAUUUCUAGUUUAAUUUAACUUUUAUAAGAAAUGACUUUCAUAAUGUUCUUGUUGUAAAUCUCUUUGAAAUUUCUUAUCAUGAACAAAACUCUUUGUAUCCGGUUUCAUUGAUUUUUAAAUUGUAUAAUGGAAACCUGUAAUGCAAACAUAACCUUAAGAUAAAAGAUUAUAUAAUAUAACUUCCAGUUGCAGUCUGUGGUGUUGAUAGUCUAAUUAUUACAGCUAAACGAAGAUUAUACUAGAUGACUACAGCAUUUUGAAUUCAUUAUUAAUGAUUAAACAGAUCUUUCCUUACAGUACUUUUAAUGACCAAAAUAAUUACACUAAACGUAUUUCAAACUAAAUAGAAAGGGGAGGAAGCACAAAGUAAAAUUUAUAAUAAUUAUAAGACAUCUGCAAUCAUUUUCAAUUUCUUACUCCAAACAAAACUAUAGGGAUUUAAAUUUGAGGAUAUAUAACAAACUUCAAUGAUGCUAUCUUUUUAAAUCAAGAGAAUCUUUGAUCCCAUAAAAUAGUUUAGUCAUGAUUUUAAGUGCAAAACAAUGCUAGGGAUCUAGUAUACCUUUGUUGGGGGUAGUUAUCUACUACUUCAGUAAUAAAAACAAACUGCUAUAAUCAAUACCACAAUUACAUUAUAUACAUUCUUUAAUUUAUCUUAACUUGGUGUCUGUAUCAAAAUGGUAUUAGGGAACCCUGAGCUGGAUCAUUUCCACCAUCUGGUUAUACUUGCAUUUUAUGUUUGGAUUCCCUGCCUUAUAUACUACUUUCUCAUAUUCCCCAUAACCUUCACGAUGUAUAUCUUGGACAGCUGCUAUUUCAUUGUACAGUGUAUCGUUAACCCAAUUUUUUAACUUGUUACUACCAACCAUUCUAAGUUUCUUUCCAGUUAUAUUAAUAUUCAUAAUUUUUGGGAGUGAACCUUGCACCAAGUUUAAAUAUUCUAACUCUACAAUUUUUUUAAAUAAAAUGUCACCAAUGUAGUUGUAUUAGUGCUAUUUCUGCACUACAAAGAAAAGGUUUUUAUAUUAAAUUUGAUAAUACAACAAUUAUUUAUAUACAUACCCAUAUUAUCUUGUAACUAGACACUUUUGUCCUGUGUACGUAACUUGAAUGUUUCUGUAACCGUUAACCUUUUGUUUGAGCUAAGGCUGGUAUGUACUCAAGAUACAGUGGUACAGCAACAGUUAUGUAAAAACUAAAGCUUUAUUGUUGAACAUUAAUAUAGGAAAAGUCACUAUUUAUUUCAGAACUAAUGAAAACAGUAGACAUUAUGAAAUUUUAACAGGUAAUGAUCUGAUGUAGAUAGAAAAGUUUAAUAAAAGAUUUAAAUAUUA